UAACAUCACGCCCGUCCGACAUCCUAGAGGUUCACAACGCCAACGUGAAUAGGCAAGCAAGGGGCCAAACGUACGUAGUCUUCAUCCCGUAGUAACGUGGUUAAAGUUCGGCCGCCCGGCAGCGCAGGGUAGAAUGGCUAACAACGCGUUGUGACGGAUUUUCAAAGCGCUUACACUUAUGUAACGACGAAUGCAACUGCUUCGUUUUCGUGACGGUGGUGGUCAAGCACAAUGCCGGUCAUCGGGGCAGAUAUACGAUAUAUAUACCCUUGCCCUCUCCGUCGUCUUCAUUCCACUCGCUUAUAGCCACGACGUGAAAGAACCUACAAGUUUCAAACAACGCCCCAAAGAGACUAAGAUGAAGACCGCUGUGAUACUCGCUGCUGUUGCGAUGCUCGCCCUGGUUAGCGUAGCAUCUGGAUCCGGUGGAUAUGGAUACUACGGCCCUAACUUCUACAAGCCCAAGAUCGCCUCGUUCGACGGUUACGACUACGUUCCCAGACUAUAUGAGAACCUCCUUUACCUCGGUUACGGUGGCUACGGGGGUUACGGAGGCCACGGUGGUGGUUACGGAGGCUACGGGGGUGGUUACGGAGGCUACGGGGGUGGUUACGGUGGCUACGGUGGUGGUUACGGAGGCUACGGGGGUGGUUACGGAGGCUACGGAGGUGGCUACGGGAGAAGGUCCUAUAUUCGUGGUUACGGACACUAACUGAGCAAAAAUCGUGUGUAUAGAUGUCGUUUUUUUCCUUUCUCUGCAGCUGAUCAACUUUGCAUCAGGUAGUUACGGCCGUCAUGGAAAUCACGGUUUGGGUGACGUGUUCUAUCCCAAAAUCAGCUACGACUAUUAUAUUCCACACUACUAUCAUCACGGAGUCUACCCUGUGUAUGACAUAAUACUGGCAUCCCAGGGCGGAUACGGUUACGGUGGUGGAUACGGUGGCGGAUACGGUGGCGGAUACCGGGGCGGAUACGGUGGCGGAUACCGGGGCGGAUACGGGGGCGGACACGGUCGCCAUUGAAUAUAACGUGAUUAACGACAGUAACUGUGAAUUUGAGUUUGAAAUGGGUGCUAGAAUAAUGGAAAGCACUUGGCAAUUUCAGUCCGCGAGCCUACGUUUAAGUCACUAUUUUGCUAUCAACGCAACGAUGAUUUUAUUAGCAAAACUACCACUUGGUGCCGCGCUAACACAAUGCUUUACAAGGCGUCAUCGAAAUGGCGGGGAUUUUACCGUAGCUCUGCGCGUAGUAUUGCAACAUAAUUGUAAAUACGCGUUGUAUUCUCAGCAGAAAAACCGGUCGGUAGUGUCAGAUCUUCGCGAGAUAUGUGCAACUAUGUAAGCCUAUCGUCAAUACGACAUUGUAAAAAGCAUGUACUAAAAUAUUUUCGAACGAAUUUUGUCGCGACCUACAUUGCUGUAUGAAUUGUACGGGUGUAAGCAUGUUUAAGGUGCUUUGCGAUGAGUAUUUUGUAAAUAACCGCAUAUCUCGAAUUCGUAGACAUUUUGAUAUUUUUUUAACAACAGUGGUGUUAAUUGGGAUCAUGGCCGAACUCAUGCAUCUCGACAUUAUUAUAUUAACUCACUCAAUGGGACUUCUUGUUUGUGCACGUUAUUGUCGUCUGCUCACUCACGUUGUACAUACUAGUAUAUGUAAUAUUUUUACCUGUUACUGUUAUGCAAUCUACAACUGUUAACUGCCAAUCAAAUGGCUAUGAUUUUGUUACGUUUGCCUUUAUACUAAAAAAACUUUGUUCAAUACAAAAACAUUUGUGUUCGAUUUUCAA